AUGGAUUUGAGGAACAUUCCCUACCGUUCAGACGUGCUUACCUGGAACCCAGAUGACUUGGCAGACUACUUCAGGACAUUAAAGUAUAAGGACUGUGAGAAAGUCGUGAGGAAGCACAGCAUAAAUGGACAACGAUUUCUGAACAUGACUGAAAAUGACAUUCAGAAAUUUCCCAAACUCCGAGUGCCAAUUGUAAGUAAAUUAAGCCAAGAAAUAAACAGGAAUGAAGGGAGGCUUUCUUUCCUUCCAAAAUGGGCCCAAACACAAAAAAGUCCUGAAGCCCCAGGAUAUGCAGGUCAAGAAGAUGGUGGUUGGUCUUCAUUUGAUGAAGAUGAUGACUAUGAAAGCCCUGAUGAUGACCAGGAACAGGAAGAUGAGGCUGACUAUGAAUCACCAACAGAAGAACCUGAGGAAGCAGAACAUGACAGUGAUGGCUACGAGCCACCUCCAUCCAAUAAUGAUGAAGCACACCACAAUGUCAUAUUUCCUGCCAAGUCACUUGCAAACAACACAGAUUAUAUAGACAGACCUCCAAGCACUCGAUCAUCGCAACAGCCUCCAGUACCACCCCAGCGACCCAGCCCAUCCCCAGUACCAGCCUCCUUUGGGGGAAGAGGUGCUUCUCUGCCAGCUUUUCCUCCUCCACCAAGCAACAAUGACUUGAGUAGAGACAGAAAUACCAAGCCUUUGAAACCCCCAGCUCCUUCUAUAGACAGAAGCACAAAGCCCUCACUGGAUCGCCUUGUUCCACCAUUUGAAAGAGAAAGCCCUGGACCAGGGAGGAAGCCCAGCAUUCCUGAAAAGCCUCUGGCUUCACAGCUAAGAUCCCUGGGGGAACAGCUAGCAAUGAUGCCAAAACCUCCUGUCCCACACAGUGACAGAUAUGAAAGAGGCAAUCCAGCCCCUCUAAGGAAGCCAACCCCUGUAAGGCAAGGUUGGCCACCACACAAAACACCUCAAGAAGAAGAUGACACUGCACCCCAAAGACCAGUGCCACAGUUAUCUUUGCCCCCAUACAGCUCCAACACAUUCCCAUCCAAAUCUGUCAAGCCUCCACCUAAGCCAGGAUCCAACACUCUGACUAAUGCAGAAAGUGCUAGAAACCGGUCUUCAACUGGCUCACUACCACCACGCUUACAUCUAG